AUGGACGAAGAAGAUAUUACAAACUGCAACGACUCUGAUGCAGAGUUUUGGGAAGAUCAAUUUAGAGAUGGUUUAAGAAAUUUUCUUGUUAUUCUAUUAUGCAUAUUGUGCAGUAUAUUGACUACAUAUCUUAUACAUAAUCCUUAUGGUAGUUAUGCUCCAAUCAUGUUAAUAGCCAUAUUUGAAUGGUAUAGAUCUUAUCCACGACAGAUACGUUCGUAUUAUGGUUUAUGUAGAUUAUUAUUAUAUAUACUAGUUAUUAGUUUAUGGGUUGUAUUUAUAUUAAGACUGAUUAUUCAAAGUAUUGUUUCACUAUCAGGACAUCAUCAUCAUAUAGUAGCAAUGGGACAAGUUCAACACUUAUUUCCAUAUGCAUUAAUAUUUACUACUUUUGCAAGAAAUAGACAUGAUAUGGAUUUAAAUGAUAAAAGACGUUAUAUUAUACAUUUAUUAUAUGAUUUACCUGCAUUUUUAUUAGUUAUAAUUUUUAAGUUAUUAAAUCAUCCAUUAAAUUCAUUAUGUAGUCAAAUUACGACAUAUUGUUAUUUGGGUUGUUUACCUACUGCUAGUGAUGUAAAGACAUUGAAUAAUAUUGGGAUUGAAUAUGUUGUAAAUAUGUGUGCUGAAUAUAAUGGUCCACGUAAAACAUAUAAAAAAUAUAAUAUAAAGCAACUACAUUUACCAACCAUCGAUUGUACAGCACCAUCACUAAAGACAAUAGAAAAAGCAAUACAAUUUAUGAAUGAAGCAUAUACAAAUAAUAAAAAAAUAUUUGUUCAUUGUAAAGCUGGUAUGGGAAGAAGUGCUACCAUUGUAUUAUGCCAUUUAGUUGCUAAUGAAAAGAUGUCAUUGGAAAAUGCAUUAAAAUUAAUCAAAGAAAAAAGACCCGAAGUAACAACUAGUAUCAUCAGAUAUGUAUCUGUGAAACAAUUUUUAGCUUCGUUGAAAAAAAAUAAAGUGCAAUAA